CUGCUUCAGGGCCAUCACACAGACUGGCGAGCUUGGAGCAGCGAAUCUAUUGCAUUGAUUUCAACGAUAAAUUUGCGAGCGCAUCACGACACCGUCAUCUGAAUCCGAGUAUACCGUCUCGCAGUAGCAGCAAUCCGAACACGUCAUCAGAGCCUAUCUUCCCAUCACAGUCGCAGUCAUCGUUCAACAUGAGCGGAAUGGAGAUGCUCAACAGUGCAGAGCAGCGUGAGCUGCAAAGCCGCAUGGAGAGGAAACAAGUCAAAGACUUCAUGAAUUUGUACUCAAAUCUCGUUCAGCGUUGUUUCAACGACUGCGUCACCGACUUCACAUCCAAGAGCUUGAUGAGCAAAGAGGAGGGUUGCGUACUGCGCUGCGUUGACAAGUUCAUGAAGGCUUCGGAGCGAUUGGGCGAGCGAUUCCAGGAGCAGAAUGCGCAGAUGGCGCAAUCAGGCAGCAUUCCCGGGCUCGGCAGGUAGAACAUGAAUUCAGAUGAAACCGAUGAUUUCUUCCAGGCCAUCUGCGAGAGAUGGAUUUCACCGCGACGAGGCUAUGGUGUGCCAUUACAUUCUCAGACUGUAUUGAAUACUUGCCAGAUUUCGGAUAUAUCAGAACAGGAGAGCAGGGUGUGGAUGAUGCGCUACAUUUGACUGCGUUACUCAGCUUCGAUACCAGCUGGGAACGACUUUUGGAGCGUCAUGAUUGUACUGUACUAUAGUGAAGUGUGAGCAAGUGCUGCACCUCAGAACAAAUUUACGGAGCAAAUCAUUGCUUCGUGCCAUCAACGGUCCCCUCCCGCCCAUGUACAACCAUCG